GGGAUGGAUAAAAAGAGGAUGAUGUGUGUGUAUGGGUUUUUUUGGUCUGGGAAUUUAUCUUGGGGGUCUGGUGUGUGAUUAGCUUUGGCGUUUGGAAGGGGCUUGAAAAAGGGGGGGGUGAAAUGGAAUGAAAUGAAGUGAAAUACUGUGUGUGGGAUGGGAAUCGGGUGGGAAUGGAAUGGGAAGGGAAGGGAAAUGGAGAUUAUAUGCGUUAGAUUUAUAAAUUCUAUAUGUAACCUUUUUUAUUCGCGAUUAGUUGUGCUUUGUACCCCGUUUUUGUGGAAAAGUCUUGUCUUCUUUUGCUGUGUGGUUUGGUUUGGUGAUGGGAUGGGAUGGGAUGGGAUGGGAUGCUGUGUUUUCGCGUUGAUGGUGGUGAUUGUGGUGUGGUGGUGUGUCCUUGGUUUCGUAUCGUUUUUUGGAAUUUGAUACGUGGGCUAGUUGUUGGUUGCUUAAUAUUUUACUACUGAUUGAUAUGAAAUGAGAGAAAGAGAAAGAGAAAGAGAAAGAGAAG